AUGAAGAAGAAGUCAGCGGCCUGGCAGUGCACAGUGUCCGUCAGGAAGUUCGUGUACUCCGACGUGGAGAUCUGCGACGAUGUUUUUAGCUACGAUGCCGAAACUCCAAGCAGCAGUACUCGAUCCCACCAGCUCGUCUUUGCGACAUACACACGUCAGUACUCAGACAAGAAACAUGCCGUGCAUCUAAUGAAAACGGUGCCGAAAGGAGUCUACGACCAGACCCUACCAGCGCCUCACAGCUCGCCCUUACACCCAGAGAUCGAUCACCUUGGAGUUGGCUUCGACAUGCAGUUUGUACCGAGUCCUGGAGGGAGCAACCGGCAGCGUACUCAGAUAUUUGCUCACGCGUACGCUUCGGACAAACCACCGCGAAGCAUUAUGACUGAGGAUCCAGAGACUCUGUCUUCAGAUUUGGCACGACGUCGUGCUACACUGAUGAACCCGGAGACGCGAAGCAUCAUGCGGAUACUAACCGAGUCUCUGUCUCAGUUCGAGCGAGUAAUUCGUCGUCGUCGCUUCGGGUUCCAGUCCUUCAUUUACUUCCCGAAGGAAUACGCAGAUCCACUUCUGGAGAAACGGUGUCUGAUCUGCAACAAAACGUUCCACUUCUUCCGUCGAGAUUUCUAUUGUCAACUCUGUGGCCACAUGGUGUGUGGAAAUUGUUCGGAACUCCACGAGGUGGAGGCUCGUAUCGGUGAGAUUCGCAAGAAUCGAUGCUGCCGGUUGUGUGUUGUUCGUGUGGAUGCGGGCAAGUUUGACGGCGAGGAUUUGCUGGCUGCUUUGGGUCCGAUGAUCGUGGAGACUCGAUCGGACGCGUGGUUGCCAACUGACUCCAUGAGUUCAAUUGAUGAGGAGGACAAAGAUCUAAUGGGACAACUGUGUUCAGACGACCCUAAGGCUCGUAGUCACGCAUUGGAACAGCUAGGAAAGCUGGUGGCGAACUCGUCGGUGACCGAGCAGUCUUCUGGGAGGCAAAAGACCCAGGUGCAGGAUGUCCUGUCGAACAUCGAGAGUCACUUAAACGAGGAACUCUCGAAAGCCCAGCAUAAUUCUAGUGCUCAAGCGUGUGACGUCAGUGACCGUACGAGAGACUACAAGUACGAGUUCGACGCAAACAAAGUCACACACGCAGACAUCCCAUUGGCUCCGAAGCCAGAAGCUCAGAAGGAUGCGCGUCGUGUUGAGUUGAUCGAAAGUUCAGGCGCGUUACAGUCAAAUUACGAUCGUUCCGCUCUCAAUCUCAUCGCCCAAGUGGCAGCGAAGCGUCUCGGGUGUCCUAUCGGUGUCGUGUCCAUGAUCGACGAUCAGCAAUUCCAUGCUGUGGGUAGCUACAAUCUGCCCGCAGAAGCUCGUCGUCUACCGCGUAACGAGGUUCCGUGUAUGCAUUCCGUGUAUGCUGAGAAACCUCUUGUGAUCAAAAAUCCCCAGCGAUAUGCGGUUUGCUAA